CUCUUCUCUCUGUUUCUUUGCGAAGGCAAUGGCGAUGCCUUUUCUCCGACGAUUGAGGUUACGAUUAAGGCCGCCGGCGACGAUUGAGGGAAGAAUAGAGAGGCCGCCGGCGACGAUUAGGCCGGACUCUGUCACCGAUUUCACCCUCUCCGACGAUGGCCGAUUCGUUGUUCACUUGCCCAAUUCCUGUGAAAUUGAAUUUGACUACCUCGUUCAAUACGACAAGACUAUAUCUGGCCGUAUCGGUUACGGCUCAAUCACCGAGCUCAAGGGUAUUCAGGUGAAGAAAUUCUUUAUUUGGCUCGAUGUCGAUGAAAUCAAGGUCGAUCUUCCGCCGUCUGAUUCCAUCUACUUCAAAGUUGGGUUUAUCAAUAAGAAGCUUGAUAUUGACCAGUUUAAGACUAUACAUUCGUGCCAUGACAAUGGUGUCUCUGGUUCUUGUGGAGAUUCAUGGAAGAGUUUUCUUGAGAAAGGGCAAGGAAUGAUGGAUGAAGCGGAAAUGUUAAUCACCGAGUAAAACACUCUUUGCAAUCACAGAGUCUGCGACAACACGCAGAUAGAGUUGAGUCUCAAGUCAAGUCUUUGUACAUAAUACAUACAAUAACUAGACAAGUCUUUU